AUGGCCUACAACGUCACCCCUCCGCCCACCGCUGGGCCCUCUGGCACCAAAGCGUUUCACACCAUCCUCGCCGGCCGCAAAUGCUACCGUGUGUCGAAAGACAAGAACGAAGUUGUAUGGCCGCCGCAUCUGGAAGCGGCACUGAUGGAAGGUCUCGAGAAAUAUACCCCGGCCGAGAGCAAGUCGCCGCGCGGGCUUAGCCGCUUCCCGAACCGCAACAAGUUUAUCGCCCAGUACAUUCUCCAGAAGACAGGCCAGAUCCGUUCGGCGAAGCAGGUGGGCAGCCGCAUCCAGCAGCUGAGGGACACGAGCGCGGGCAAGAACAUCAUGAAAGCUAUUUCGGACCGCCACUACGAGAUGAUGCACCCGAGCAGACAGAGCCCGAGCGAACAAGACGCGCAAGGCCUGGGAGUGCCCGCGCUCACGUUCUCCGGUAGCGGCGCUAUCAACAUGCCCUCGUCCAAUCCUCCUGUCAUCCAAGUUUAUAUCAGCGUUCCACCAGUCUCUCCCCCCAACACUGCGACGUGGCCGCCUUCGUCCAACCUGUCCCAUCUCCCCCGCCGCACCGACGUGACCGUCUAUGACAACACAUACGAAUUUGUGGAGCCCCGGCUGCUGCGCACGAUCGACCCGCGGGUGACGUUCGUAUCGACUUCGCCGCUCCCCCUCUACUCGCGCUGCAACGUGUACCGCGGGUCGACAAUCGUGCAUGUCGGCGACGCGGCCAUGAUGGUUGUUCAGCCGAUGACCCCGGACGAGUCGGGCUUGGGCGGGUUCCUCCACUACACGAACCUUGCGCCGGGAUACUGGGACACGCUGUGCAGCUGCGACGACCUCUCGCCGUACAGCGUGGUUCAGGAGAUCACGAAGCAGUCGAUCGACCCGACGCAGAAGGCGGCCACGGUGAUGCACAUCCAGUAUCAGUUCAUGCAGACGUCCUCUGGCCAGUCGCCGCGCUCCCUUUCGCCGUUCGCGCUCAACGCCGAGUUUGAUUACGAUGCGGACUCUGGCAGCGACAUCUUCCCCCUCUUCUCCGGCCAGAUGAGCACAGGCUCCGAGAGCCCUCUCCCGAGCGACCGGAGCAGCUCGCCGUCCCACAGCAUCCCUACCGGGUUCUCGAGCCAGCCCAUCAGCCCCACCGGCUGGGUGCCCCAGGAGCAGUGGACGCCCUUCGGCGCGGCCGCUGGCACAAACCCGCUGUCGCAAUUUCCGACGUCGGGCUACUACGACGUGCAGCAGCCACAGCACCACCAAGCUGCCUCCUACCACUCGGGCCCGCACCAAAGCCACCAGCCGUCGCCGCCCGGGCAGUUUUUGGGCCCACCGUCAUUCUGAAACCCGGACGCGCACGGCGGUACGCGUUUGACGGCGCGGCGCAUGUGCUCCCCCUCCGGGCGUCCUGCACGAAUUAAUAUACACUGACACACACUGACACCGCAUACCAUAUUUAUUUACUGUUUCGCGCUCGCAUUCUCGUCAUCAGUCCGCCCUGGUCUCCGUUCUGUAUGACUAGCUUAGAUGGGACAUUUAGGAUCCGCUCGUCUGCUGCAUGUACACUAGCUACACGUUGGGGCCACGCGCCGCCCAUCCAU